AUGCGCGCACUAAACAGCUCUUAUCUAAUUAUGAUGUUUCUGAAAGACAUCUUUCACUAUUCGCUCCUUCCUUCUCCUCAAACUCCUUCUUCUUCUUCUUCUUCUUCUUCUUCUUCUUCUUCUUCUUCUUCAAGCCGUAUACAUAUUUUGACUCGACUUCCUUCUUCCAUCGUGAUUGUCACCCCUCUCUCUCUCUCUCUCUCUCUCUCUCUCUCUCUCUCUCUCUCUCUCUCUCUCUCUCUCUCUUCCCUUUUUCUCCCCCGGAACAUUUCCUUUCUAUCUAUCUAUCUAUCUAUCUAUCUAUCUAUCUAUCUAUCUAUCUAUCUCAGUCCCAUACUUUUCUUAUCUCUCUGUUUCUCUCUCUAUCUCAGCCUCUUAUCUAUCUAUCUAUCUAUCUAUCUAUCUAUGGCAAUAGCGCAGUCCCAUAUUUUAUUUCUAUUUCUCUAUCUAUCUAUCUCUCUAUCACUCUGUCUAUCUCAGUCUCAUGCUUUAUAUUUAUCUCUCUCUCUCUCUCUCUCUAUCUAUCUAUCUAUCUAUCUAUCUAUCUAUCUCAGUCCCUUAUCUUCUUUUUAUCUAUCUAUCUAUCUAUGGAACGAUAUAAUUUCUAACGAGGAAUUGUCCACUAAUCAUUAUGGACACCAUGUAAACAUCUAUCUAUCUAUCUAUCUAUCUAUCUAUCUAUCUAUCUAUCUAUCUAUUAUGACACAUACAAAUACUAUCUAUCUAUCUAUCUUUUGGUUGGGGCUUGUUUUCGAGAGCGUUCGGUUUUUUUUAUACCUUUUUCUACUUCAUAUUUCUACUUUUUCAUAUUCUUAUUCCUCUACGACGCAAAAAACAAAAUAUGAUAACAAUCUUAGAUCCAGACGUCAUCUUGUCCUUUUUCUUAUAUUAUUCUUACAGUUUAUUUUUUUAAAUAAUCACUUUCUCCUCACCAUUUCUUCUUCUUCUUCGUCUUCUUCUUCUUCUUCUUCUUCUUCUUCUUCUUCUUCUUCUUCUUCUUCUUUUCUUUUAUUCUUCUUCUUCCUCUCCUCCUCUUUAUUCUUCUUCUUCCUUUCCCGUCUUCCUCCUUAUUCUUCUUCUUCCUCUCCUCCUCCUCUUCUUUUUGAUGUUAUUGUUCUUCUUCUCUUUCUUCUUCUUCCCCUCCUCCUCCUUCUUCUUCUUCUUCUUCCUCUCCUCCUCCCCCUUCUUCUUCUUCUUCUUCUUCUUCUCUUUAUACUUCUUCUUCCUCUCCUCCUCCUCCCCCUUCUUCUUCCUCUUCUCCUCUUCCUCCUUAUUCUUCUUCUUCCUCUCCUCCUCCUCUUCUUUUUGAUGUUAUUGUUCUUCUUUUUCUUCUGCUCUUUCUUCUUCUUCCCCUCCUCCUUCUUCUUCUUCUUCUUCUUCUUCUUCUGUUUCUCGUUUUUCCUUUUUCUUUUUCCGCUUCUUAUUUUCCCCUUCUUCUUCCUCUUCUUCAUCAUUUUCUUCUUCUUCUUCUUCUUCUUCUUCUUCUUCUUCUUCUUCUCGUCCAUUCUCACUUACCUCCCUUUCUUCUGUCUUCUUUCCAUUUCUGAUGCAAUCAAUCAUAAAGUUAGCAUAUCUCGAAAACGUACCAAAUGCACACCGACGGCGAAAGGUACUCACAAACAUCGGAUAGAAUUCCAAGACUGUCGCAGCGUCAAAGAACACCGCCUCAAGUUCUGUUCGAAUUGCAAAAAGAACCGUUGCUGCUAUCCACAAAUCACCCGUCACAGGACUAUAGAGUUCGAGUGCUCCAAGCGUGAGCGGGUGCACCUCUCGUUCAUGUGGAUCAAAAAGUGUCAGUGCGGCCACAAAUGCUACGGCAAUCGAAUCAUAGAUUCGUGA